AUGAAGAUCAGUGUCAAGUGCAAACAGAAUGAGCUGUACUCCAGACCGAGUGCUGGAGGUGAUAUGGAAGAGAAUGGCGAUGGAUUACCUGAGGUGGCAGAUGUGGUGUUGAGCUUGGAGCCCGAGCCUUGCACCAAUGGUGAAGUUGACUCCACACCUCCACCCUCCUCCCCCUCCCCUUCUCAAGCCGUAGGGGACACAGACAUAGACUCAUCCCGAGGGAGAAGUUCCGUGGUUGGGUUAGUGCCCAGGGCGGGGAUGGGUGCCACUGGUGAUCUGCUCGAGUCAUUCCUGGCCCAGAAGGAUCGUCUCCUCUACCAGACAGGGGGGGUGGUCCUGCCCUCUGCUCAGCCCCAGGACCUGCUGCCUCUCCUGGGCAGAGGACUGAGCGUGAGGGGCCUGUCUGGAGGUCUCUCUCUGGAUCAGCAGGCUGUGUCUGGCUGUAUGGUGAAUUUCUCCGACCCAGAGGGAUACAUAGACUCUUCUGACGACCCCCCUCUACCAGAUGGAACAUUUCUACACUGUACAUACACUAUCACUGUGUACACAGGCUAUGGAGUCGAGCUACAGGUGAAGAGUGUGAAUCUGUCAGAGGGAGAGCAGCUGUCAAUCAGAGGGGUGGAUGAGGGUGGGGCCUUGCUAGUUCUGGCCAAUCACACACUUCUGGUGGAGGGUCAGGUGAUCCGCAGUCCGACCAAUACCAUCUCAGUAUACUACCGCUCCUUGCCUGAGGGGGGCAUGGGCAUGUUCCAGCUGCACUACCAGAUAUUCCGUCUGAGCUGUGCCCUGCCGAGGAGGCCUCAUUUUGGGGAGGUGUCAGUGCUGGACCUGCUGCCAGGGGGCACUGCCCGCUUCCACUGCCAUAUGGGCUACCACCUGCAGGGGGCAGUAGCGCUCACCUGCCUCAAUGCAUCUUUGCCUGUCUGGAGUAGCAAGGAGCCCAGCUGUAGAGCACUAUGUGGGGGCUCAGUGAAGAAUGCUACAGUAGGGAGGGUCCUGUCUCCCUCUCCCCGCCUGGGGCCCGACGCCACCCAGGACCGUUCCUGCUCCUGGUCCAUGGAGGCCCCCACAGCACAGAGACUACACCUGCACCUGGAGAGACUGGCCCUUGGACCCACCGAAAGACUUGUGUUAUGGAGCGGUCUGGACGCUGGGUCUGUGGUGCUGUUUGACUCGGGGCGGGGUGGUCCAAUACCGUUUGAAGGGGUGAUCAGUGAGGGUCCAGCAGUCAGGGUACAGUUCAUCACUGACCAACCUAACCACAAUACAGGCUUCAACAUCCGCUAUGAGGCGUUUAAGCGUGGUCAUUGUUAUGAGCCCUACCUGCAGAAUGGUAACUUCAGCACCACUGACCAGGCCUACGGUGUUGGCGCUGUGGUGCAGUUCAGCUGUGAUACUGGUCACUCUCUGGAGCAGGGGCCGCCAGUCAUAGAGUGUAUCAACGCCAGAGACCCCUACUGGAACGACACGGAACCACUCUGCAAAGCCCUGUGUGGGGGAGACCUAGCAGGUCCUGGGGGUGUGAUCCUGUCUCCCAACUGGCCAGAGUGGUACGGAGAGGGAGAGGACUGCAGCUGGAGGAUACAUGUAGGGGAGGACAAAUGUGUGCUGCUCGACGUACAGCUUCUGAACCUGAGUGACAGUGACAUGUUGACCAUCCUGGACGGUGAUGAAGUCACCACCCAUAUCCUGGGCCAGUACGUGGGCGGAGCCGGGCCCUUCAAGAUACAGUCCACGACCCCUGACCUCACCGUGACCUUCCACUCCGACCCCGCCGGCCUCGUCUUCGACAAGGGAGAGGGCUUCAUCAUAAACUACAUGGAGGUGUCCCGUAACGACUCGUGUCCGGACCUCCCAGAGAUCCAGAAUGGCUGGAAGACCACGUCCCAUACUGCCCUGGUGCGGGGUGCUCGCAUCACCUACCAGUGUGACCCAGGCUACGACCUGGUUGGACGAGAGACUCUGACCUGUCAGCUAGACCUCACCUGGAGCACACAUCCCCCCUUCUGCGAGAAGAUAAUGUAUUGUUCAGACCCGGGUCAUGUGGAACACUCUACCAGGUCUCUGUCAGACCCUAAACUCCUGGUGGGGACCACCAUCCAGUACAGCUGCUACCCCGGCUUCAUCAUGCAGGGCGGUGCCACACUCACCUGCUACGGACGAGAGCCUGGCACCCCUGUCUGGACGUCUAAACUACCCCACUGUGUCUCGGAGGAAUCUGUUUCCUGUGAGAACCCUGGUAUCCCUGACAACGGAUACCAGAUCCUGUCCAAGCGCCUCUACCUGCCCAGCGAGUCACUCACCUUCAUCUGUUACCAAGGCUUCGAGCUCAUCGGCGAGGUCGCCAUUAAGUGUAUCCUGGGGAACCCGUCAUUAUGGAGCGGAUCACUGCCACUGUGCAGGGCCAACCAUGACUGCUUUGGCAACCAUGCUUUGGAAGUCGUUGAGGCAGCAGCCGGGUCAGGUCUGGACGGUGGCAACAUGGCAUUGGCCAUCUUCAUCCUUGUACUUCUGCUCUCCGUGCUGCUGGGAGGAGCCUACGUCUACAUCACACGGUGUCGCUACCACUCCAACCUGCGGCUGCCGCUCAUCUACCCGCACCCCUACAGUCAGAUCACUGUGGAGAGCGAGUUUGACAACCCACUCUACGAGACAGGAGGGGACAACCGUGAAUAUGAGGUAUCAAUAUGA